GUGGCGAUGGUGGGGAUGGUGGGUGUUGGGUCAAGCGUUGAAUCCCGCGACCAGCGCCGUAGCUAACUAGAGGGGAUGAUGCGCCUCUGUUGAUUGCACCCAGCCAUCGACGUUUUCUUAAGAGCGGAGGAGCAGGAAAGCUCGGAUUUUAUAUAUAGGGUGGGCAGCAACGUUGCUUCCGUAAGGGGGACGGGACGAAGCACGUGGUCCGCAUUCAAACAAAAAGACGUAGAAGAGGAAGGCGUCGACGACGACGAGGGCAACGAAGAAGAAGAAGGAGGAGGAAGAGGAAGAAGAGGGGAAGAAAAGCCUCGGAGCCUUUCACCGCCUUUUCGCCCUCGCGACUCUUCUUCUGGCCCAUUUUCCCCUUCUUUCCCUUCAUCUCCCGUGUUUCCCUUGCCCAUGCAUCGCCAUCACGUCCCCACAUUCCAGACUUCACAUACAUCCAAACGCCGCCUUGUGGGAUGUAGCGCUCGGGUGGGCAACUUGAGGCUGACUGACAGACGCUGUUUUGGAAUCGUUCACGACGUUGUAGCGUCAAUCACUCGUCGUUCUGCCAUAGCUUAGCAGCGACGCUGUGUGCUUGGUGGAGGGUGGAGUUGAGUUGUAUUGUGAUUUGUAGGUUCGUGGUUGGGGUUGCGGGGAAGGGGAAAGAGCGCGAGAGAGUGACAAAGAGGGAGGGUGUGUUUGAGAGAGAGCGAGAGUGAGAAAGGGGGGGGGGGUGUUGUAUAUGUGUGUGAGUGAGAGUGAGAGCGAUAGGGAGGGAGCGGAAGAGUGUGGCGUUGUGUUGUGAUUGUGAGUUGAGUUAGUGUGAUUUGGAGGUAGUUUGGAGCUCGUGUGCGAUUCUUAGGGUUUCGGCGGGUUGGGUUUUGGGGUAUCUCAGCGGGAGGGUUCAAUUUUGAGGAUGCUGGGCGUGGCGGGCGGGGUGCAUUUGUUGUGAGUAGUGUAGUGGUGGAAGCGCUGGCAAAAUUUCGGGUUGUUGGGAGUUGGGGAAUUAGGGUAGUUGUGGGCGAGAGGGAUGAAGAGGAGGGCCCAUUUUUCGAUGGUGGAGGGUUGUGCGGUUGGGAUUACCUCGAGAUUUGACUGGGUGGAGAGCUAGUGUGAAUGUUCUGUGAGAAGGUUUGGGUCAUUGGAAAUUUUAAGAUUUUGCGAAGGUUCUUGGGGUCCGUUUUCGAUGUUGUAUGUUGUAGGCGGGAGCCGCAGUUUUAUGAAGAGGCAUUGAAACGAGGAGCAGGGAUUGAGAGGGAGUGAACUGCGACCAUUUUGUGAGAUGGGAGAAGAUGACAAGAUGCAAGCGAUGAAACGGCAGAGGCUGGAGGAUGGGCAGAAUGGCGCAAGCACAGCCGGAAGCUCCAAGUCUGGAAGUGGAGGACGGACCAAAGAUGGCUCUUCUAGAGAAGGUGAUCAUCGGACAUUUGAGCGUCGUAAGAGUGGAUUAGCGGCAAAACCUCCGGCUAGGAAGUUUGUUAUGGACGAUGAUGAUUCGGACGAUGAUAUGCCACUGGCUAGUCGAUUGCCCGUUACUGCGAAAGGCAAAGUUGUCAAGGGGUCUCCUAUCGCGAAAAGUGGGAAGGAUAUUUCUGCUUCCAUCAAGGAUGAAAGAGGGUCAGACAAGGCUAAGGCUCCGGAACCGAAGCAGCCGAUACAUUAUGAAUCCGACGAUGACGACAAACCUCUUGCUCAUCACGUCCAAAGAAAACCAACUGCGAGCAUUGUAGAUGAUGAUUCGGAUGACGACAAGCCGCUGGCAACGCGCUUGCCUUCUGGUGUGAAGACUUAUCAACGAAAGGAUUCGCUGCCGAAGACGGUUCCAGGAGUCAAGCAGGAAUCAUCGCCGCAGAGUAAGCCUUCUACUCCCUCAUCUGUGAAAACGCCUAAAAUCUCUUCCACCAUGCCAUCCUCUGGAAAGUCCGAUAGCAAGAUGGAAGUUGAUGGAGACGAUGAUGAGGACGACGACAUCCCUCUUGCUCAGCGAAUGUCCUCCUCAACCAGUAUCAUCAAGAAGGUCGUUCAGCAAAAGGCUAAAGCGUCUUCUAGUACGGGGUCUACUGCAAUAGCGGCGAGAAAGCUUUUAGAGAAGAAAAAAGCCAAGAGAUUGCAGCUUCAGAUGAUGGUGACUAAGAAGAAGGUGAUCACGAAAACCACCACCAAGAGCAAAAAGGUGGAGCCUGUAAGUGGCGAUGGGGUCAAGUGGACAACUUUGGAACACAAUGGUGUGAUCUUUCCUCCUCCGUAUGAGCCUCAUGGCGUGAAGAUGCUUUACGACGGAAAGCCGGUGGAUCUCACACCCGCGCAAGAGGAAAUUGCAACCAUGUUUGCCGUGAUGUUAGAGACUGAUUAUGCGAAAAAGGAAAGGUUUAUCAAAAACUUUUGGGAUGAUUGGAAGCCGUAUUUGGGGAAAAAUCAUGUGAUUAAGAAGUUCGAGCUUUGUGAUUUCACUCCCAUCUUUGACUGGCAUGCGAGGGAGAAGGAGCGAAAGAAGAGCAUGUCGACAGAGGAGAAGAAAAGGUUGAAAGAAGAGAAGCUUGCUGUGGAGGAAAAGUACAUGUGGGCGGUUGUUGAUGGCGUAAAGGAGAAAGUCGGCAACUUCAGGGUGGAGCCUCCUGGGCUGUUCCGUGGCCGUGGAGAUCAUCCCAAGAUGGGGAAGCUGAAGACGAGAAUCUUGCCGCAUGACAUUGUGAUCAAUAUUGGGAAAGACGCAGCUGUACCUGAGUGUCCAAUCCCUGGGCAGAGGUGGAAGGAAAUUCGGCAUGAUAAUACUGUGACGUGGCUUGCCUACUGGAAGGACCCAAUCAACGACAAAGAGUUUAAGUAUGUGUUUUUAGCUGCUAGCAGCAGCUUGAAGGGUCAAAGUGACAUGCAAAAGUAUGAGAAGGCACGUAUGCUCAAAGACUACAUUGAUGACAUUCGAAGGACGUACACACAUGAUUUCUCGUCUUCAGACCCUACUAAGCAGCAGAUUGCUGUAGCGACGUAUCUUAUUGAUCGACUUGCCCUUCGUGCUGGUAAUGAGAAGGACGAAGAUGAGGCCGACACUGUAGGUUGCUGCUCUCUCAAAGUAGAACACGUCACUCUGGUUGCACCAAAGUCACUCCAAUUUGACUUUCUGGGAAAAGAUUCAAUUCGGUAUUUCAACACAGUGGAGGUUGAUGAGCGGGUGUACAAGGCUAUUGGCCAGUUCAAGAAGGGAAAGAAAGAGGGAGAUGAUCUGUUUGAGAGACUGGACACCACGAAGCUGAAUUUGCACUUGAAGGGGAUAAUGCCUAGUCUCACUGCCAAGGUUUUCCGUACAUACAAUGCUUCCAUUACUCUUGACAACCUGCUGCAGGAUACCACCGGGGAGACCACGAUUGAAAUCAUUGCAGAUUAUCAGCGUGCUAAUAAGCAGGUUGCCAUUCUGUGUAAUCAUCAACGGUCUGUGUCGAAAGGCCACAGUGCUCAAAUGGAGAGAUUGGAAGGCAAGAUGCAGGAGUUGGAGGAGCAGCUGGAAGAGCUGGAGACGGAUCUGGACAGGGCAAAGAAAGGUAAGCCUCCUUUGAAAGAUUCUGAGGGGAAGGUUAAGAGAAAUCAGACCCCGGAGGCUCUUGAAAAGAAGAUUGCAGCUACAAAACAAAAGAUAGACAAGAUGAGACUAGAUAUGAGGGUGAAGGAUGAUCUCAAGACUGUGGCUCUGGGCACCUCUAAGAUCAAUUAUAUGGAUCCUCGUAUUACUGUUGCUUGGUGCAAGCGUCAUGAGGUACCCAUUGAGAAAAUUUUUAACAAGUCUUUGCUUUCCAAGUUUGCAUGGGCUAUGGAGGUUGAGCCAGACUUUCGAUUUUAAGACGAUUUGAUGUAAUUUUGUGAGAUGUAGUAAGCUGGACAUAAAAGGCCGUGUCGAUAGCGUAGGUGUGCAUUAAAGGGAGCAUAAGUAGUGCGGAGGCAGUGCCUUGUCCAGCUCGUGUUCCAUUAAUAGCCUAGUGGAGAAAUAGGAAGACCAUGGGUGGUUGUAUUGGUGGGGUUCAAGUUACAUUCUGAGACCGCAGGCUUGGCCUUGAACAGAAAACUGAGUGAUUUUCCAGACAUCCCAAAGAAGGGAGCAGAGAACGGGGGUGGGUAUGAAAGUGGCCCGCAUUCAUACCUCAAAGCAAAACAACCAUGUCAUGAAGGGCUGUUCAUUGAAAUUCUAGAAUUUUUUCCUCUCGAUUUGUCCUAACAGAGCAA